CUCUUAUAUAUUAAUUCGACUCCCUUUUCUAAGCAACAUCUUCAUUUUUCUUGCUUCUCCUUAACAUGGUGGUUUGAUAUCUGACAAAUUUUCCACCUAGGAAUCAGUGAAGUGUGUGUUCUGUUCUGUCUGUAUCUUUUUCUUACACUCAUUGUAACUUUGGUCUGGUCUCAAAAAUGGGAAGGCAAUCUUGUUGUUACAAGCAAAAGCUAAGGAAAGGUCUUUGGUCCCCUGAAGAAGACGAAAAGCUUUUAAGGCAUAUUACAAAGUAUGGCCAUGGUUGUUGGAGCUCCAUCCCUAAACAAGCUGGGUUACAGAGGUGUGGGAAGAGUUGCAGGUUGAGGUGGAUUAAUUAUUUAAGGCCUGAUUUAAAGAGAGGCACAUUUUCACAAGAAGAAGAAAAUCUCAUAAUUGAACUUCAUGCAGUUUUGGGGAAUCGGUGGUCUCAAAUUGCUGCACGAUUACCAGGAAGAACCGACAAUGAAAUCAAGAACCUAUGGAACUCUUGUUUGAAAAAGAAGCUUAAACAGAAAGGCAUCGACCCUGUCACUCACAAGCCACUAUCCGAGGUCGAAAAUGGCGAAGGAAAUGGAAGCAACAAGCCAUCUUUGGUGGGUCAUCAUCCAAUUCACCAAUAUACAUCGCCGCCCCCACCACCACCAAAGCUCUCCUCUAACUGGUUCAACCCUGAAUUUUCACCACCCAUGACCGCCUCUUAUGGACCCUUAUACUAUGGAACCACCACCGGUGGCUCAGCCAAUAACACCACUUGGGGAUUGGUUCAAACACAAACUGAAGAAGAAGAAGAAGAAACCAAAUGGACUGAGUUGCUUAAUAGCCCUUUAUUAAUGGCGGCUGCUUUACAAAAUCAAACCCCACAAUCUUAUUACAAUAUCGAGAUCAAAUCAGAGACUUGUUACUUAACUAAUAGUUCAUCAUCAUCAUCAUCAUCAAACGAUAUGUGGUGGCCUCAGACCCAACAACAGCAGUUACCACUACAACAUGAACCUUUACAAAAUCCAGACAUAUGUGGUAAGGACAUGCAGACACUCACAGCAGCAGCUUUUGGACAUAUUUAGGGGUGUGUCUGUACCCCAAUUUUUUUUUUUUUUUAAAUUUUUUGCCUUCGGUUUCAUGUAUAUUGGUCUGAUACAAAAAAAAGUUUAUCAAUGUCUGUUCUUUUUGUACCAUUUGUGAGCAAAACAAUCUUUGUAGUUUGUUGUUUCAAUUUUCAAUUUUGUUGUUGUUUUA